AUGCAUUUACUAAACUUUGUUAAUUUUGUAUGCUUGGGGCUUCUCACUUCUGUCCAUGGGAAACCUAUUGCUUCAGGAUCUCAUCUGAAUAAAGCUUCAUCGACCUUCGAUGAAUCCUCGAGAGCUACCAUUCUGGAUGAAAUGACAUGGGGUGUUGCACAAACACCGAAUAUUUUAAAUGAUAGCGCAGUGGAUGCUAAUGCAAUUGCGAAAGGUUAUGAUUUAGUUAAUGUUUCCCAAACAGCCCAUGGUCUCAAGGGUGUUUUGAAGUUAAAUGAAGCUACUGAUAUAUACGGCUAUGACUUUGAUUAUUUGAACUUAUUAGUCGAAUAUCAAGCAGAUUCUCGUUUACAUGUCAAUAUUGAACCAGCCAAUUUGACAGAUGUUUUUGUGUUACCGGAAGAACUUGUUGCAAAACCUAGUGUUGAGUCUAGUAAUAUUACCAUUGAUACAUCGGAUUUGGUAUUUAGAUAUCAAGAGAAGAACUUUGGUUUUGAAGUGAUUAGAUCAUGCACUAGUGAAGUUUUAUUUUCAACAAUUGGCAAUCCAUUAGUGUACUCUAAUCAAUUUAUCCAAUUCAACACAACCUUACCUAAGGAUCAUGUCAUUACUGGUCUUGGGGAAUCAAUUCAUGGAUCGAUAAAUGAACCAGGUGUAGUUAAGACUUUGUUCGCUAAUGAUGUUGGAGACCCAAUUGACGGUAAUAUAUAUGGAGUUCAUCCAGUCUACAUGGAUCAAAGAUAUGAUUCAAACACAGCACAUAGUGUGUACUGGAGAACUUCAGCAAUCCAAGAAGUCAUCGUUGAAGAGGAGGCAUUGACAUGGAGGGCAUUAAGCGGAGUUAUUGAUUUAUAUUUCUUUAGUGGUCCAGAACCAAAAGAUGUUAUAAAGCAAUAUGUUCACGAAAUUGGUUUACCAGCACUCCAACCAUAUUGGGCCCUUGGUUACCAUCAAUGUAGAUGGGGAUAUGAUACCAUUGAAGAUUUAGAAAAUGUUGUCGCAAAUUUCAAGAAAUUUGAUAUUCCAUUAGAGACAAUCUGGUCUGAUAUUGAUUACAUGGAUGGAUACAAAGAUUUUACUACAGAUCCUCAUAGAUAUCCAUUAGAUAAAUUUAAGAAGUUCAUUGAUGACAUACAUGAAACCGAUCAGCAUUAUAUACCAAUGUUUGAUGCGGGAAUAUAUGUUCCAAACCCAAAUAAUGCCAGCGAUAUUUAUGAAAUUUUUCACAACGGUAACGAAUCAGAUUCAUUCUUAAAAAAUCCCGAUGGUUCAUUAUACAUUGGUUCUGUUUGGCCUGGAUUCACCGCAUUUCCAGAUUUCUUUGCCCCAAAAAGUCAAGAAUUUUGGACUCAGACGAUAAAGGAUUUUUAUAAUAAGGUUCAAUUUGAUGGUCUCUGGUGUGAUAUGAAUGAGGCUUCUAGUUUCUGCGUAGGAUCUUGCGGUUCUGAAGGUUAUCUUCAGAACCCUGCAAUACCUAAUUUUGAAUACGGUGAUGUCUCUGACACUUAUCCAAAAGGGUUUGAGCAAAGUAACGCCUCCGAAUAUUCAUCCAUUCAACAAUCUGUUUCUUCAACAUCUUCAGUUGCGUCGUCUUCAACACCUAUCUCAGAUUCUCUUAACACACUUGCUCCAGGAAAAGGUAAUAUCAAUUAUCCACCCUAUGCAAUUAACAAUGCUCAAGGUGAACAUGAUUUAGCAACGCAUGCUAUUUCUCCUAAUGCAACCCACCAUGAUGGCACGAUUGAAUAUGAUGUUCAUAACUUAUAUGGCUAUAUGGAAGUAAACGCUACAUAUAAUGCCUUAUUGGAAGCUAUUCCUAACAAAAGACCUUUCAUCCUUUCUAGAGCCACUUUCGCUGGUUCUGGAAAACAUGCAGCUCAUUGGGGAGGUGAUAACACCGCUGACUGGGCCUGGAUGUAUUUCUCUAUUCCACAAGCAUUAAGUAUGGGAAUGUCUGGUAUUCCAUUCUUUGGUGUUGACGUUUGCGGUUUCAAUAGUAAUACUGAUUCUGAAUUAUGCUCAAGGUGGAUGCAAUUAGGAUCGUUCUUUCCUUUCUACAGAAACCACAAUACACUAGGCGCUAUAUCUCAGGAGCCUUAUGUCUGGUCAAGUGUUACUGAAGCUGCAAAAACUAGUAUGGAUAUCCGCUACUUAUUAUUGCCUUAUUACUAUACCUUACUUCAUGAAUCACAUGAAAGCGGAUUACCAGUUUUACGUGCCUUAUCUUGGGAAUUUCCAAACCAACGUAAUCUAAGCGGUGUUGAUAACCAAUUCUUUGUCGGUGAUGCCUUGUUAGUUACACCUGUUUUAGAACCAGGAGUUAAUAGUGUUAAAGGUGUGUUCCCAGGUAGCGGAGUAACAGAAAUAUAUUACGACUGGUAUACUCAUGAACAGGUUGAUUUUGAAGCUGGUAAGAAUGAAACAUUAGAAGCACCAUUAGGGCAUAUACCAUUACAUGUUAGAGGUGGUAAUAUUUUGCCAACUCAAGAGCCAGGAUAUACUAUUGCACAGAGUAGAAGAAACCCAUUUGGCUUAAUUGUUGCUUUGGACAAGGAUGGCGGUGCUAAUGGAAAGUUGUACCUUGAUGAUGGUGAAUCGCAGAAUGUUGAAUCUUCCUUGCACGUUGACUUUGUGGCUUUAAACAAAAGUAUAAUAUCUUCACCAUAUGGUGAUUAUAAAGUUUCACAGCCAUUGUCUAAUAUCACAAUCCUUGGAGUAAAUGACAAACCUGAGUCGGUCACUUUUAAUGGAAAAGAUGCAACAUAUAAAUAUGAAAAUAACACAUUGCUUGUUACUGACUUGAAUAAGUUUACUGAAGAUGGAGCUUUUGACAAGCAAUUCACACUUGAAUGGUAG